AAGUCGCAAUGGAUACAAGCGCGACUCAACCUGUGGAAGCCGCGAUGAACAGCUGAUCCUCCCGCAGUGGAUAACACCGAUCACCAUGGUCACCGCCGGGUCCUGAUUUCUCAUAUCGCGCGCGCUGCACUAUGUGAUUAGUUAUUGGGGAAGUAGACAAUAAGGGGAAAUAGCUAAAAGGAAAGUAGAUUGGAGGGAGUGAAGGAGUGUUGUGUUGUUUUUUUUGUGUGGAGAGGGUUAUAUCUUUUGGACCUGUUGAUCCUCAGUGUGACAGCCGGACACACACACACACACACACACACACACACACACACUACCUGCCGCGUUCCGCUCCGCGCUCACCGACCAUCAAUGAUGUUGUUGCCAAGUUUGCUUCUUUUCGCCUCUUCUCACUUUUUGGCACCUCUGUUUGUCUGCUACCUGCCGCAAGUCUCCGGACAGAAGCCGGGCUCACGGUGGCUGAUUGGGGACAGAGACAGUCACUGCGGGGUCAUCUGCCCGCGGACGCAGGGGAAGCCAGUGUGCGGCUCGGACGGCCGGAGCUAUGAGACCGGCUGUGAACUGCAGAGGGCGCGCUGCAAAGACAAAACCCUGACACUGGCACACCGCGGCCGGUGUCGAGGUAAAAACUGGGUGAAAAUCGAUCAGCUGCCGGUGGCUCCAGCACCAACAUCCACAUCUGAGGCCAGAGACCUGGAGCUCAAAGAUGCAGGUCAGUCCAAGUGUCGCGUUGAGAGGAACCAGGCCCUGGAGCAAGGCAGGAGACCUCAGGACACCAUGUUUAUCCCAGAAUGCAACGAGGAUGGAACAUUUGCACAGGUCCAGUGCCAUACUUUGACAGGUUACUGCUGGUGUGUCACCAGUGACGGCAAGCCAGUGAGUGGCUCCUCUGUGCACAACAGGACCCCGGUGUGUUCAGGAAACUUCCGUGAAUUUUUGGAAACUCAUGCUGGGACAAGUGGAUUGUCAGGGUCAGUAACCGAUAGACCGCCUGGGCCACCGAACUCUGGUCGAAAAGUCUCUUUCCGUUUCUUUCUCACCCUCAACCCAGACGAUGGCUCCAAGCCCACACCCACCAUGGAGACUCACGUCCCCCCUGAGGGCGAUGAGAUAACUGCUCCAACACUGUGGAUUAAACAGCUGGUUUAUAAGGAGAAUAAGCAGAACACCUCCGCUUCCAGGAAGCAAGAGAAAGUUCCCUCUUGUGACCAGGAGCGACAGAGCGCACUGGACGAGGCUCGGCAGAAUCCUCGCGAGGCCAUUUUCAUCCCUGACUGUGGGCCUGGAGGCCUUUACAAACCAGUCCAGUGCCACCAGUCCACAGGCUACUGCUGGUGUGUUCUGGUGGACACGGGACGACCCAUUCCUGGAACAUCCACCAGCCGUGUUCCCGCUGUCCUCUCCUCUCUGUGUAACAGGUACCAGACGCCGGAGUGUGACGGCACCGCACGAUCUCACGUCCCAGAUACUGAAGAUCCUUUCCAAGGCAGAGAACUGACAGGCUGCCCAGAGGGGAAGAAAGUGGAAUUCAUUACAAGCUUGUUAGAUGCCCUCACCACAGACAUGGUGCAAGCCAUAAACUCACCAGCCCCCUCUGGUGGUGGGAGGUUUGUUGAACCUGAUCCCAGUCACACUUUAGAGGAGAGGGUGGUGCACUGGUACUUCGCCCAGCUGGAUAACAACGGCAGCCACGACAUCAACAAGAAGGAACUCAAGCCGUUUAAGAAGUACCUGAAGAAGAAAGCCAAACCCAAGAAAUGUGCCCGCAAGUUCACCGACUACUGUGACCUGAAUAAGGACAGGGCCAUUUCCCUGCAGGAGCUGAAAGGCUGCCUGGGAGUCAGCAAGGAGGGUAGCUCAACGACAGUUGGCCACCAAGGGACAAGGCAAGGGACAAAGUUGUUCAUAGGUCGUCUGGUGUGAGAAGAGAAGGACCCAGAAGCUGAGACGAGAGCAGAGGGCACAGAGGGAAGGCAUCUGUACGCUUGCUGACAGGAAAGAGAAAGAUGGAGCAGAAAAAUUGAAAAGUUCCUGAGGUACAAAAAAAGUGAACAGAAAAACAAGAAAACGAAGCGGCGCCAAAAUAUUUGCACUUUCUCCUCCCUAUGUUUGACAUUUUAUCUGUUUGUAUGUGUUUUUUUGUUUUUUUUUCUCUUGAAGUGACUGAAAAGGUCUAGGUAAGAAUGAGAAUAUAUUUGUAAAAAAAAGAGGACAGGCUCACCACUGGAAGAUGUCACCACAUUCCCCCUUGUGUUUUAGUCUGCUGUUGUUAUUCGUUCUCUCCUCCCAUAACAGGAACAGGCAUUAACACACAUUUUGUGGCUAUUAAAUUAAACUUACAUUUCCCUUGUUACAUAUAGGAGCACACAGGCCAGUGCUAUCUUACUAAAGAGGAUCUUACAGUGAGUCACAUUCAGCUCAAAUGAUGCUCUAUAGUCAAAAAAGGAUGAGCUAUGGCAACGUAGACCAAUUUUUUCGAAUGUGUUAUGUAUGUGACCAUGCAAUUUAAAAGUGAAACGGCAUGUUAUUAGAAUUGAACUGUGACCAUGGAGUCUAAUUUAUCAGCACAUAAUUAGCUGUAUGAAUCCCUUGCACUGUACUGAACUUUCUAGAUACAUUAACAUUUUAGAUUAAGAAUCAGAUCCUUCCGAAAUGUCUCAGAUGUGUUAUGUCUGGUUUUUGUUUAGUACUUACCAGUGUUGGGGGUUAACUUCCUGCUUACCACACAGUUUCCUAAAAGAUGUACCUUUUGUGCUGCCAAAACCAAUGCAAGACCAUUAUUUUGUAUGUAGUUUUCAGCAUGCUGUCUGCACAAGAUGCCUUGAGGUCUGCUAUAUAUUUUUUAAAUUUUUAUAACAUUUGUGCUAACAAAAAAAAAAAAUUAGUAAAAAUAAAAAAAGAACAUUUAAAAAACAAACAAAAAGGAAAUAGAAACAGAUUGUGAGAAUUCAAAAAUGUGUAGCAGGUGUCCAUAAUAACAAAGGUGAUAGGAGUACUUUAUAGUCAUGCAUCCCCCCCAACACUGGUACAGUACAUACACAGUCUUAGCUGUAUACUAACGCAGCUUAACACUGUAGCAAACAGCUGGUAAAACAUUUACACAUGCAUGUGGCAGUAUGGACAUAUUAAAGCUGCAUUAAUGAAUUGUUGAGAUACACAACCCUGAACUAGUAUUGCCUUAUAAAGUUGUUAAGGCAAAAUGAUCAUUCCAAAUCCAAUAUUCACUCUCCUUUUAGCUCCGUUUUGGUCUCCACCAUCUCCUGAGUUGUUUAGCUGAAAAAGUCUCCACUACGUUAACUAGCUAAUUGCCAACAUUGUCUGUCUGGUGUUUGGUGCUGAGCAGGUAGAAUAUAGUUGGAUUGUCACGGCUUAUUUGCUACAGACGACUUGAUGAGAGUGCUGAGACCAAACUAUUUAGUAAAUGUGCCGGAAAAACAAUGAGUUCCAAGAAUUUAAAACAAAAGCGGCUAAGUUGGGGCUAUAAUGCUCUGAGGGUUCGUCUGUGCGAGAGAACCCUUUCACAAUCCACUAGAUUUAAUGUGAUAUAUAAAAAAAGAUUGAUUAAUGCAGCUUUAAAUCCAAACCACAAUGAAGGCCAUUGGUUUACACAUAUCUUGUGUCACUCUGUUGUUCUAUGUGUAAAUAUAUCUCAAGGUACAAGUCAGUGUGGCUGAUUUCAUUACCCUACUUUAACCUGAAAAACAGCUAAAGAGUAUCUUCAGUGUGUUAAUGGUAAAUUCCGCAUGUUUAUUUUUCCCAGUGUUUGGUGACCAUGGUUUCAUCGGGCUCAACUUGCAAUAACAAAUCUCACGAAGACCCCCUGGUGGGGAUUUUUAUUUUUCCAAAACAGAUUACAGUCCACAGAAGGACUUAAAUAUUUGUAUUAGUACCAGGGAAAAAAGGUGGCACAGAUGACUAAACCCAACCAGUAAAUGGAGUUUGUUUACAUGACUCAGUAUCCCGGUAAUAUUAGCUAAUUUCAGCUGUCAUAUUUACGAGUAUCCCAGUCAUUGUAAACGAGAUGUGGCAUUUACAAAUGCCUGUUCCUAAAAUAAAUAAUUGAGUCUCCCCACU